AUGGUUGCCUUUGGGAAGAAGUUGAAAGAUAGACAAAUUCAAGAAUGGCAAGGAUAUUACAUAAACUACAAACUCAUGAAGAAGCGAGUAAGGCAAUAUGCUCAACAAAUUCAACUUGGAACGCUAGAUCGGCGACACGUUCUCAAGGAUUUCUCACGAAUGUUGGAUAAUCAGAUUGAAACGAUUGUGCUUUUCCUAUUGGAGCAACAAGGGCUUUUGGCAAGCAGGAUAGCAAAGCUUGGAGAGGUGCAUAAUGAUUUGCAGCAGGAGCCUGAAAUUAACAAAAUAACGGAACUGCGAGAAGCUUAUAGAGCAGUUGGACAAGAUCUAUUAAACCUGCUCUAUUUUGUAGAGAUCAACGCAAUUGGCUUGCGUAAGAUAUUGAAGAAGUUUGAUAAACGCUUUGGUGGUAGAUUCACUGAUUACUAUGUCAAAACUCGUGCAAAUCAUCCUUACUCCCAGCUGCAACAAGUGUUCAAGCAUGUGGGAAUAGGUGCUGUUGUGGGAGCCUUAUCUCGCAAUCUUCAUGAGCUCCAGGAUCGUCAGGGGAGCUACUUAUCAAUUUAUGAUCAGCCUUCUGUUCCUCUUCAGGAUCCCGUGGUUGAUUCGAUAAACGCAGCUGUUGAUAGGCUAUCCUGCUCAACAAACUUUCUUAACUUUUUGGCACAACAUGCACUCAUUUUGCAAGAUGACCUUCCUGCCCCUUCUGAGGAACACGUUGAUGAUGAAAGAUAUCAUUUUAUGUCACUUAUGCUGAACUUGGCAAACACAUUUUUAUAUAUGGUCAAUACAUAUAUCAUUGUUCCUACAGCAGAUGAUUACUCUACAAGCCUUGGUGCUGCGCCAACGGUUUGUGGUAUUGUUAUUGGGGCAAUGGCUGUUGCACAGUUGUUUUCUUCUGUGUAUUUUAGUGCAUGGUCAAACAAAUCAUACUUUAGGCCUCUUGUGUUCAGCAGCAUAGCUCUUUUCCUCGGAAAUGUCUUUUAUGCUUGUGCUUAUGAUGUUCAUUCAAUAUGGAUUCUCUUAAUCGGUCGCCUGUUUUGUGGAUUGGGUUCUGCCAGAGCAGUUAACCGGCGUUAUAUCAGUGACUGUGUUCCGCUCAGAAUCCGCAUGAAAGCAUCAGCUGGUUUUGUUAGUGCCAGCGCUCUUGGAAUGGCAUGUGGUCCUGCAUUAGCUGGCAUACUUCAGACUAAUUUUAAGGUUUACAACCUUACAUUUAACCAAAAUACCUUGCCCGGGUGGGUUAUGGCUGUUGCUUGGCUAGUAUAUCUGGUAUGGUUAUGGAUCUUUUUUAAAGAACCUUCUCAUGAUGUUGAAGAGAAUCAAGCACCACCAAAUCAGUCAAAUGAUGUAGAAAAUGGUGCACUUGAAAAAGGCCUAAAACAACCAUUACUAAUUACUUCGGAUGAUAAGGUAGAAGAAGACAUUGACCAAGAUUAUGAUGAUAGUGAGGAAGCUCCAGAGGAAUCUCGCCUACCAGCCAAUUCAAUUGGAUCGGCAUACCGACUACUUACACCUUCUGUAAAGGUUCAGUUAUUGAUAUAUUUCAUGCUUAAAUAUGUAAUGGAGAUUUUACUAUCUGAAUCUAGUGUCGUCACAACAUACUAUUUCAACUGGACAACAAGCACAGUUGCAGUUUUUCUUGCUUGCCUUGGCUUGACAGUUCUUCCUGUAAACCUUGUUGUUGGAAGCUACAUUAGCAACAUGUUUGAGGAUAGGCAACUUCUGUUGACAUCAGAAAUUAUGGUUUUCAUAGGAGUUUUACUCAGCUUCCAUGUAAUCUUUCCAUAUUCUGUGCCACAAUACAUUUGUUCGGGUCUCCUUGUAUUUGUUUCUGCCGAAGUACUGGAAGGUGUCAACUUGUCACUACUUUCACGUGUCAUGUCAUCAAGGCUUUCACGUGGAACCUACAAUGGCGGACUUCUAUCUACGGAGGCCGGAACAAUUGCAAGAGUGAUUGCUGAUGCUACCAUUACCUUGGCUGGAUUUUUGGGUCAGAGUAGGCUCCUUAAUAUCACCUUGCUACCUUCACUCUUCAUUUCAGUAGUCUCUAUCAUAGCAACCUGCUACACCUACAAUUCUUUAUACUGA